AUGUCUUAUGAUCGCUAUCUGGCAAUUUGUAGACCCUUGCACUAUGGUUCUAUUAUGAAUAUGAAAUUUUGUUUCCAGCUUAUGAUAGGAGCAUUGGUAAGCAGUUUAAUAUUUAAUGUAGUUUUUAUAGCUCUCAUGACUCAAUUUUCUUUUUGUGGGCCUAAUGUCAUAGACCAUUACUUUUGUGAUUUUCGUCCACUGGUGAAACUGUCCUGUACAGAUACUGUUCUCGCUGAAUACUUCUCUUUUUGCAUAUCCAUUAUUUUUGUUGUUAUUCCAUUCCUCUUGAGCAUCAUUUCCUACAUUUACAUCAUAGCUACCAUCAUCAAAAUUCAAUCCACCAUUGGAAGGCAAAAGGCCUUUUCAACCUGCUCCUCUCAUCUUAUGGUGAUUUCCCUCUUUUAUGGCACAUUAAUCAUUGUCUAUACAUUGCCAGACAUACCUUCUCUCCGACAAUUCAACAAAAUAUUUUCUAUUUUCUAUACAAUGAUGACACCUUUGUUCAAUCCCCUUAUCUAUACUUCGAGAAACAAGGAAGUUCACAAAGCCCUAAUACGAUUUUUUGAUAAAAUUAUAAUCCUUGAAAUGAAGAAUGAAGAUGAAGAUGAAUUCACUGUGGUUUUUCAAACUUGUCAUUUUUGA